UUAUUGCCUUCGAUUAUUCAUACGAAAGUCCUUGUGACUGCAUGAAAUGAAAAUUUUCAGCACGAGAAAAUCAGGUUUUGGAAGGACAUUCGUCUGCAGUCUAUGUACUGGAUCUGGAACAAGAACAGUGGUCCCUGGCUGUAUCUGAUAAUGUGCUCAUCCCAACUCCACGAGACAAAAUGACUGGAUGGACACACAAAAGCAGGUGCUAUUAUUUUGGAGGCUAUGGACCGAGCCCUUUAGAACUGCCCAAUCCGGAACAGUAUCUCAGGAAUGUCGGUGAAUUUGUGAUUGAUGGAACGAGCUCAUUCUCCUGGAAUAAUCAGUUACUGAUUUUUGAUCCUAAUCGUGCGAGGAAUUCGAAAUGGACUCUUGCAGAAGUGGGAGGAUCAGUGCCGUCAGCACGAGCGGCAUGUUCCAGUACCUAUCUUCCGGCAUAUGCGAGUAUUUUAGUUUUUGGUGGUCGUUGCAGAACUGAGCGACUGAAUGACUUGUACAUGUUGGACCUUUCUUCACUGGUCUGGACUCGUGUUGAAACAACAGAGGUGCCAGUGCAGCCGAGCGGUAGAUCGUGGUGCUCAGUGAAUGCGCUUUCUUCGGACCAAGCACUUGUUUAUGGCGGAUUAUCAAAUGAUUCUCAUACGCUGUCCGAUUCCUGGAGGAUUUGUAUCAAGAGGAAAAGGAAAGGAUGGUACGAAGGGACAUGGACAGCAAUGGACAUUGCCUCUGAACGUAGGUUGUGCAGGCAUACUGGCGCUGUC